GGAGGUGAAGAAGGAGUCUGACAGUUGCCAUGGAGACAGAGAAGAGCUUGUCUGGCAGCAGAUCUGAGUCCAGCUGCUCCUGUUGGACUUCAACCUUCACCUCUGUCCACCAUGCUCCCCCGCAUGACAGAGAAUGGAUAAACACUGAAACAUCGGAUGACGCAGGCUUCGAGACUGAGGUCUACAACAACUCUGUGGUGCACACGCCCCACCUGCGUGCUCUGGCGCAGCGCAGCCUGCUGUUCCGGAACGCCUUCACGUCUGUCAGCAGCUGCUCCCCCAGCCGCUCCGCCAUCCUCACCGGCCUGCCGCAGCACCAGAAUGGCAUGUACGGCUUGCACCAGGGCGUCCAUCACUUCAACUCCUUUGAGGGAGUGCAGAGUCUGCCGCUGCUACUGAGCCAGGCAGGCGUGCGCACAGGUAUAAUCGGGAAGAAGCACGUCGGGCCCGGUUCUGUCUAUCCUUUUGACUUUUCCUACACAGAAGAAAACGCCUCUGUGCUGCAGGUGGGGAGGAACAUCACCCGGAUCAAACUUCUUGUCCGGAAGUUCCUCCAGACUCACAAACGAGAAACGGAUGCGGGAAGAAGCCGCGUUCCGGGUGGAAGCGAGGACAGACCCUUUUUCCUGUACGUUGCCUUCCACGACCCACACCGGUGUGGACACUCGCAGCCCCAGUACGGAGCCUUCUGUGAAAAGUUUGGAAACGGAGAAACGGGAAUGGGAAGAAUCCCAGACUGGAAGCCGGUUCAUUACACACCAGAGCAAGUAAAGGUUCCCCCCUUUGUGCCGGACACGCCUGCAGCUCGAGCGGACCUGGCUGCUCAGUACACCACCGUGAGCAGACUGGACCAGGGUAUCGGACUGGUUCUGGAGGAGCUCAGAGAAGCCGGUUACGAGAACGACACCCUGAUCAUCUACAGCUCGGACAAUGGCAUCCCGUUCCCGAACGGCAGAACCAAUCUGUAUCACUCCGGAAUCGCAGAGCCUAUGCUGGUGUCUUCUCCGGAGCACAGGGAACGCUGGGGGGACAGCAGCCAGGCCUUCGUCAGCCUGCUGGACAUCACGCCCACCAUCCUGGACUGGUUCUCUGUGCCGUACCCCGUGUACCACCUCCCCGGCAGCCCGUCUGCGGUCCUCCUCACCGGCCACUCCUUGCUGCCUGCUUUGGUGGCCGAGCCCACAAACUGGUUGACGGUGUUCAGCAGCCAGUCCCUGCACGAGGUUACCAUGUACUACCCAAUUCGCUCCAUCCUCCAGGGGGCGUACCACCUUCUCCAGAACCUGCACUACCGCAUGCCCUUCCCAAUAGAUCAGGACUUCUAUGUGUCCCCCACCUUUCAGGACCUGCUGAACCGCACCAGGAGCCGUCAGCCCACCCACUGGUUCAAGAGCCUUGACCAGUAUUACUACAGGGAGCGCUGGGAGCUGUAUGACACCAGGUCAGACCCUCUGGAGGUGAGGAACCUGGCUUCAGACGCCUCCUACCGCGCCGUGCUGGAGGACCUGCGGCAGCGCCUGCAGAAGUGGCAGUGGCAGACCGGAGACCCCUGGGUCUGUGGUCCAGACUACGUCCUGGAGGAAAAACUGACCCCUGAGUGCAGACCGCUGUAUAACUCACUGUGAUGGACGCUGAUGUACUCUGACACCCCACUACAAAACAUCUGUAAAUCCCAGAGCUGAAAAAUAAACAAUUUUCUAGUUUAUGAA